AUGAGCCCCAUUCCCGACAUGGACUGGAAGGAGCACCAGGUCGUGCCAAAGCCCUCGGAUCCGAAUGAGCUGGUCCUUGAGGCAUGGGCCCAGGGCUACCUGGUCGGCUCGCUUGUCAUCAUGGCCUUCAUCACCCUCGCCAACAUGCGCCGAGGCGUCCUCCUGCACAAGCUCAUCCUCGGCCUAUGGCAGGGCUUCUGGCUCUUCUUCCCCAGCCCCAUCUAUGCCUGGUGGCUGUCUAUCGCCGCCAUAUUCCUCAACGCCUCGUGGUCGCUGCACAAUGUCAUCGCCUGGAUGAAGAUCAAGCCCUUCUUUUCCAACCCCAUUAGCUACUUCUUCAUUGGCACCGUCAUCCUCGCCCAGCCUUACUGGGUCCUCGAGAUUUACGCAAACUUUGCCUACUUCCAUGGCGUAAACAAGCUCUUCCUGGAUACCAGGCCAUACGAGGCUCUCUGCCGCGAUCCCUGGUGGAUCUUCACUACCGUCUACCUCUUCUGGGUCAUCAAGACGCAAUACGAGCUGAGCAUCAAGGAAAUCAUUCGCAUCUCCCCGCGCUUCGGCAUCAUGCUCUUCUCCAUGAUCCUGAGCAUAGUCUUCAUCGUGCUCGACAUUCUGUCCGUCACCAAGGCCAUCAAUCUCCACGGUCCUACAGGCAUCAACCCCUUCUGGAAAUUAGCCUUCGUCUUCAAAUGCCUGACAGACUCGGUUGUCCUCGACGACUUCAAGGUUGCCCUCGACCGCUUGCGCGCUUUCCGUAUCAGUCGCCUGGGCAGCUUUUCCGGUGACAUGAGCGACAGUCGCAGCCGCAACGCAAACAACCUCGUCGCUACCUGGGAAGAAAUGGAAAGAGAAGCAAACGCUUUGCAAAACGUCCGCAGCCCAGACGGCGACUACAUACACGCCAGCAAUUUUCCCUUUAAGCCUAAGCGGGCGCACAGGCAACACAAAGACUCAGUCAUGUUUCCAAACCAAACUGACUUUCAUGACUCCAAUGCUGGCUUGGAGCCCGAGGACAUAGUUCCCAGCGCCUUGACUGAUGAGCCUAUACGGCCAUUGGACAGUCCACACCACCCGCACAAGAAGCAAUACCACUUUGCCAACGACACGCACAACCACAAUCGAAGAGACAUGGUCGCCGAGAAUGACUACGCCGAAGCCAUGCGUGACAUGCACCGCGACAGCGUAUCCACCCCAACACGAGCGAGCAACUCGCCCAACCGAUCUAUGCCUUCUGGAUAA